UAUGUUAUUUGCAGUUUUUUGGUGAUGAUGUGAACUUCGAGAUCAGCAGAUGAUUGACAGAUGUCUUGUUGUAUUUCACACACAGACAGUGCGUGUUUGUGUGUAAAAGAGGAAGUGUUGUGUGGAUAUAAAGUGACGCUUCAGCCUGUUUUCUGAUCAGAGACUCGAUCUCCGACCUUUGACCUUCUCUCUGAGCGUGUUGUUCAUCAAACCAUCGACCGUCAUGUCUGUGGAAAAAUCUUCAAGCUCCGGACGCUACAAUCCUCCGUUUAUGAACCUUGUGGACGUGGAUAAAGACUACGAAGACUUUGAGCCGUUCGAAGGAGCCGACGGCGUCGAAACCACGCCCAGAACUCACCCAGGACACGGGCCUGUGUUUGUGAGAAAAGUGGACAUGUGUCAGCACAUUAACAAACCGUAUCACCACACCACCGAAUACGAAACCCACAACCUGGUGGUCCGACGAGGCCAGCGCUUCAUCGUCCAGGUCCACUUCUCCCGCAGGCUGACGUCAGACGACGACUUCCAACUGGAGUUCCUUAUCGGCAACAGCCCUGCACCUGACAAGGGCUCGCUGGUGGCGGUGACGUUCAACCAGCGCCGCGGCGGCUCCUGGAGGGGGGAGCUGUUGGAAGAGCGUGACUCGGUCCUGACGCUGGGCAUCACACCAACGCCCGACGCCAUUGUGGGGAAGUUUCGGACCUACGUGGCCAUCGUCGGGGCCAGAGGAAUGCAGAGAACCAAACGGGACCCGACCACGGACCUGUACCUGCUGUUCAAUGCCUGGUGUCCCUAUGACACCGUUUUUGUAUCUGAUGAAAAUGAGCGGAUGGAAUACGUGCUCAACGAACACGGCAUGAUCAUCACAGGCAGCAUCAAACGUCCAUCGUCUCGCAGGUGGGAGUACGGACAGUUUGAGCGCGGUGUUUUGGACGCCUGUAUUUCCAUCCUCGAUCGCUCUCGGAUGCCGAUCUUCAACCGAAGCAACAUCAUCAAAGUGGUUCGAAAGGCGUCGGCCAUGAUCAACGCCCAGGACGAUAACGGCGUUCUGGUCGGGAACUGGAGCGAUAACUACAAUCUGGGGACGCCGCCGGGCGCCUGGACGGGCAGCGUCCCCAUCCUGCUGAAGUACGCCAACAGUGGCGUCCCCGUCAACUACGCACAGUGCUGGGUGUUCGCCGGAGUCCUCAACACCUUCCUUCGGUGCCUCGGCAUCCCGGCGAGAAUCAUCACCAACUUCUGCUCAGCCCACGACAACACAGGAAACCUGAAGACUGACCUGAUCUUCAGCCCCGACGGGACCCCAGACCACCGCAACACCAGGGACUCCAUCUGGAACUUCCACUGCUGGAAUGAGGUGUUCAUUCACCGUGACGACAUCCCAAAGAAGUACAGUGGGUGGCAGGUGGUCGACGCUACGCCUCAGGAGACCAGCGAUGGUCUUUAUCGCUGUGGGCCGGCCUCAGUUGCUGCCAUCAAAGACGGACAGGUCAUGCACCCGUUUGACUGUGGCUUCGUCUUUGCCGAGGUGAACAGUGACGUGGUGUUCCAUAAGAGGGAUAAGUACGGGACUCUGAAAGUAACCAGAGUGGAUAAAACCUGGGUGGGACAGGCCAUGUACACCAAAGCUGUGGGCGCUUUUGUUCCAGUGGAAGUCACAGGAAACUACAAAUACCCUGAAGGGAGUCCAAUGAAUGACAAGUCCAUGGAGGAGGCGGAGAGCUAUGGCCUAGCGAGGGAUCACUCUGAGGUCUCCGACGCCCCCGUGUUCGUCUUCAUCAACUGUGACCAGACCUUCGUGUCUCAGAACGUGGAACUGGACGUGGUCUUCAGGAACUCUGGAAGUGUCCCCAAGACCAUCGACGCUCACCUGGAUGUUAAUUCCAUCUUUUACACUGGAACUCCAUACGAACACUGCAAAGACGAGAACUUCACCGUCACCGUCCCAGCCAAUGACACGAUGACGAUGAAGUUCACGGUGUCGGCUGAUGAGUACCUUCCUCGUCUGGGCUCGGGGUCGUCGCUGCAGGUCAUCGUUACCGGGGAGAUCGAAGACCAGACCAUUAGCAACGUCCAGACCAUCAACCUGCAGAUGCCCAAACUGAGCAUGACGGUGAGCGGUAAACCCCAGGUGAACCAGGACAUGGAGGUCACCGUGUCCUUCCAGAACCCGUUGAAGAUCACUCUGGAAGGGGCGCGGCUCCUCGUGGAAGGAAACGGACUCCUGGAAUGCAAGUUCCACCACUACAGGACCAUUGAACCUGACGGUCAGAUCUCCGUCACUGAGUCGUUCAGUCCACGUCGUCCAGGACCUCGGACACUCGUGGCCGUCAUGGUCUGCGACAACCUGGACGAGGUUCGAGGUUCUGUUGAUGUCGACAUCGAACCUGCAGAGGAGUGGUCAGCUCUGCUUCAUCCUGGCAGUUCCUGAUCCUGAUCCUGAUCCUGAUCCUGAUCCUGAUCCUGAUCCUGAUCCUGAUCCUGAUCCUGAUCCUGGUCCUGAUCCUGGUCCUGGUCUUGGUACUGGUCCUGACGCCGUAUCUUCUAAACAACAUCAAACACUCCCUGAUUUCUUUCUUUCUGUUUUAAAAAUCACAUAAAUCUGAUUUUUAAUGAUUGUUUUAAACAGUAACUCAGUUCAAACAUGGCUGUGUGUCGAAAAUAAUUAACACGGAUUCAGAAAAUAGAAGAAAUAAUCAUGUUGAACAACACUGGAUUGAUUUUAGAUUCAUCAAAUAAUCCUGAGAAUAAAACAUUUGUAGAAAAUACAGAUUAAGGGACAAAACAAAACAGGUCAAAAUCAUGUUCAAAUCAGUUUCUGUUGAUGUUUAC